CGACUUUCGAUUUUUUUUUUACAGCCUUGAGCAGAGGAGAUGGAGAAGUAUGAGAAAAUCAAAGUGGUCGGAAGAGGAGCUUUUGGGAUAGUGCACCUGUGUCGUCGGCGCAGUGAUGGGGCUUUUGUGAUCCUGAAGGAGAUCCCAGUAGAGCAGAUGUCCCGUGAUGAACGCCUUGCUGCCCAGAACGAGUGCCAGGUGCUGAAGCUGCUCAACCACCCCAACAUCAUAGAGUACUAUGAGAACUUCCUGGAGGACAAGGCUCUGAUGAUUGCUAUGGAAUAUGCACCAGGUGGAACCCUAGCCGACUACAUUCAGAAGCGCUGUAACUCCCUGCUGGAUGAGGACACCAUCCUACACUUCUUUGUCCAAAUUCUGCUGGCCCUGUACCACGUGCACAAUAAGCUCAUCCUACACCGUGACCUGAAGACCCAGAACAUUCUGCUUGACAAGCAUCAAAUGAUUGUCAAAAUAGGCGACUUUGGAAUCUCCAAAAUCCUAGUCAGCAAGAGCAAAGCCUACACUGUGGUGGGGACCCCAUGCUACAUCUCUCCGGAGCUGUGUGAGGGGAAGCCCUACAACCAGAAGAGUGAUAUCUGGGCCCUGGGCUGUGUUCUAUAUGAGCUAGCCAGCCUCAAGAGAGCUUUCGAGGCUGCUAACCUACCUGCCCUAGUGUUGAAGAUCAUGAGUGGUACCUUUGCCCCAAUCUCAGACCGGUACAGUACAGAACUCAGGCAGCUCAUCAUGAACAUGCUCAAUCUGGACCCGUCCAAACGCCCACAGCUCAAUGAGAUCAUGGCCCACCCUGUUUGCAUCAGACCCCUGCUAAACCUCUACACUGAUAUAGGCAACGUCAAAAUGCGCAGAAUUGAGAAACCACUGUCCACCGUACAGUCAGGGGGUCAUGGUAGACAAGGAGGGCGAAUGACCGGCACAAGGUCCUUCAGAGAUGGACGGAUGGGAACAGGAAAGUUGCACUCCUUCCCCCUGUCAUCAGUGUACACAUGGGGCAGUGGAAUCUCUGUGCCUCUGCGCCUACCCAUGCUCAACACAGAGGUGCUGCAGGUGGCCUUGGGACGUACACAGAAGAUGGGCGUCACCAAGUCAGGCCGACUCAUCACCUGGGAGGCUCCGUCAGUAGGAUCUGGUGAGCCCACUCUGCCUGGUGCAGUAGAACAGAUGCAGCCACAGUUCAUCUCUCGCUUCCUGGAGGGCCAGUCUGGAGUCACCAUCAAGUCUGUGUCCUGUGGGGAUCUCUUCACCACCUGUAUGACAGACCGAGGUAUUAUUAUGACAUUUGGAAGUGGAAGCAAUGGCUGUCUCGGACAUGGAAAUUUUAAUGACGUAACACAGCCCAAGAUUGUAGAGGCCUUACUCGGAUACGAGCUGGUCCAGGUGUCAUGUGGUGCUUCCCAUGUGCUUGCUGUGACCAAUGACAGAGAAGUAUUCUCCUGGGGAAGAGGAGACAAUGGUCGCCUGGGGCUGGGCACCCAGGACUCCCACAACUCUCCCCAGCAGGUGUGUGUGCCAGGGAAGUUUGAGGCCCACAGGGUGCUGUGUGGAGUGGAUUGCUCCAUGGUUAUCAGCACCCAGAACAGCAUUCUGGCCUGUGGCAGCAACAGGUUCAACAAGCUGGGGUUGGAUAAGAUUAAUGCUGCAGAGGAGCCAGCCCCCUGUGACCAGAUUGAAGAAGUCUACUUAUUCAGUCCUGUCCAAUCAGCACCUCUGAAUGUGGACAAGGUUGUUUACAUUGACAUUGGAACAGCCCACUCUGUUGCUGUCACAGAGAAGGGUCAGUGUUUCACAUUUGGCAGUAACCAGCAUGGUCAGCUGGGCUGUAGCUCCCGCCGGACCAGUCGUGUGCCAUACCCGGUGCCGGGCCUUCAGGGCAUCACCAUGGCAGCCUGUGGGGAUGCAUUCACUCUGGCAAUUGGAUCAGAAGGGGAGGUGUAUACCUGGGGAAAGGGGGCCCGUGGCCGCCUCGGAAGAAAAGAGGAGGAUUCUGGGAUACCGAAGGCAGUGCAGCUCGACGAGAUUCACCCGUUCACGGUGACGUCAGUGGCAUGUUGUCAUGGCAACACUCUGCUGGCAGUGAAACCUUUGCUUGAGGAGCCAGUCCCCAGAUGAUACAGCUCUGAAAACCAUCCCACCACCGUCCACCCCUUCAGUAGCUGUCAGGAGAGAAACAGUGGCACAAGGUGUAAAUGGUGGGGCUUUAUUAAUGGCACAAUUUAUGGAACAAAUGCAAAACAAUCCUAUUUAGCUUCCUGAGCUUAUGUAGCUAAUAGAAUGCUUUACCAAAAGUAUUGGAGUGAGAUUGCAGGAAUUGGGGAGCUGUCCUGCUGUAAAGUUUUGUCCUCUCUCAACAGUGAGGUUAGCAUAAUAAAACACACAGUUCGAGGAUGUCUAACUGGUUUGGUAGCUUUAUUUACCCCGUAUUGAGGUAGAUAAAACAAUGUGUGUAAAGAAGGAAGGCUGCUCGUUUAGGACUGCCACUACCGUGUGAGCCUACUAACUGACUUGUCAGUCAAAUGAAGCAAGCGAGUACGGCACUUCAAAUCUUGAGCACGUUAUCUGUGUGCUUUUAGGAUUAGUCCUUAUCAAUUGGUUUAGAAAGUUUUUCAUUCACAAUAACAGAUUGUGUGUUUAGUAUCAUAGUAAGGUACUUUUAGACAACACAUGAACAGUGACAUUUUCUUUAAGACAGUUGACUAUUGUAAAUGCAUUUCAAGUCACAUAGACCUUUCAACCCUCGAGUUCAAAGAUUGUUUAAGAUUUUGUAUGUAUAAGUGCCACUAACAGCAUGGUACAGGUGUGAGAGACACAUUAAGAGUCAAUAUUGGCUCUUCAGCUGUGUGUGUGUCGUAGGCAUGAGCCAGUUUGAUAUGAUGUGCUUAAUUAGAACCCUUGAUGCAUCCCAAAUGGCACCAUAUUCUCUACAUAGUGCACUACUUAUGGGCCCUGAUCAAAAAUAGUGCACUAUAUAGGGAAAAGGGUGCUAUUUGGGACGCAUUCACUAGUUUGAUCCUACUCUGGAAAGCCUCCAAACAGGCUGGGAUGGUAAGUGCUCCAGACAGAGGAAAUCAAUGUUAUUGGCCUGCUCCUUACUAACUCUCUGUCACCCACUCUAGUAUCAGUGAUGUAGUGGUAAAAAAUAGGUGGUUAAACUGAUCACCGGUCACAGUGAAAAAGGUAACGCUCCAUAUACUUUCAAUGCAUUUUCCACCAAAAUGUGGGUAAACUGUAGUGCAAAAAAUGGUGAAUCACUGUCUGGUAUCCAAGAUGAUUUCGAAGCAGAUUUUUUUGUUUUCCAUUUUUGGAAGAAAUGUGAACAUGAUUCAUGUUAGUGCUUUGCCUGCAGUGUUGCCAAUUUGUCAGAACAAUCCUCUUCAUUUACCUUGUGUGGUACCACUGACACACAUUUUUUUGUGAGAAAAAAAACGAUCUUAUUUCCCAAUCAUUAUGUAACAAAUAACAAUUUAUAUUUGUGCUGUUAUUACAUAGUUACUGCCUUUGUUGGUAUAUGAAUAUGCCAUUUUAUAAAUUCGGUCAAAUAAGAAGGAAUGGUCUUUUCUUGUAUUGUACAUAAUGUACCAGAUAAUUGAUAAACACUGUAUAGUAUGCCUAUUGUAUGUAAUACAAUGUCCACUUUUUUAAUAUCAACCAAAUUAGAAAUUAAUAAGGGACAAGAAAUUUGAAAUCGAUGUUCUUUGUUUGGGUCGCUAUUUCAUGUCAGAUUACUUUAGUCAAAACUGAGUUAAAUAAUUUGUAAUGAUUGUGAAAACACUAUGGAGAAAUGAGGUAGCAAUAAAUCAGGAGUUAGAAAAAGUUGAAAA